AUGACUACAUAUGAAUUUCUUCGUACUGCAGAAGAAUCAACAAGAGGUGCCUUUCAAUCAAUUGAACAUGUUGCUAGUGCUUUCCUUUCUAUUGCUAGCCUACUUAACUCUACAUAUGGAGCUGUGUUUAAUUCAUUUAGGGCCAUAAUCUCUGUGGUUGAACAACUUAAAUCGCUCAAACAUUUUCUAGUCUCUACAUUCCUACUUUCUUUAAUUCGUUGGAUCCGUUUUCUGUGGAGACGUUUAUUAGCAUCAUUACGUGUUAGACCAAGAAAUUAUGCAAAUUCAGCUUCCAUUUGGGCGGGUAUUAAUGGAGAAUUGGAACAAUCUAAAAAGUCUUCCAAUUUUGGAACACUUAUAUUUUGGAUAAUUGCAAUUGGCGGUCCCCUACUUGUUAUAAAAUAUUUUCUUCAACAAAUUAGAGAAAGUACUAGUGAAUUGACUUCGGAUUGGGCUACUGGACAGUCAGAACAUUACACGGCACAGGCAAAAAUAUUUUUAUUUUCUAAAAACUUCAUUAAUUUUUAG